AUGCUGCGCAGGCGGGCAGCGGGAUACACAGCGCGGGGAAGGAGAAAUUGUAUUAAGAAGAAAGACAUGAGGCUCCUAGAGAACAUGAGAAAAUCUGAUGGCGUCUGUGUCUUUAAAUGCCUACUCAAUCGAGACACCGAAUGUUGCCGGGUGGGGAAGGAAUCCGUCUUGAUUACCCUGGGGUACAACAGUGCUCUGCUGAAGUUUGAGUCUUAUGCUGAAUUCAGCGCAUUUUCAAAUACCUUGAAAAGGUGCCGGAACGAGAAAAAGAAAUACUCAGUGUUUAACCAGCGGACAGAAGAGGCGUCUGCCACACAAUACUUCCAGUUUUAUGGCUGCAUUUCCCAGCAGCAGAACAUGAUGCAAGAUUUUGUGAGGACAGCCACUUACCACAGAGCCAUCCUUCAGAACCACGUUGACUUCAGAGACAAGGUCGUUCUGGAUGUUGGUUGUGGAACAGGAAUCCUGUCAUUUUUUGCUGUACAGGCGGGAGCCAGGAGAGUCUAUGCAGUUGAGGCCAGCUCAGUAGCACAAUAUGCUGAGAUACUAGUGAAAAAUAACCAUCUUUCAGACAAGAUCAUUGUUCUGCCAGGGAUAAUUGAAGAAAUCUCACUUCCCGAGGCUGUAGAUGUGAUCAUUUCUGAACCAAUGGGAUACAUGCUGUUCAAUGAAAGGAUGCUGGAGAGCUAUCUUCAUUCCAAAAAAUGGCUGAAAGCUAAUGGAAAGAUGUUCCCGACAUUCAGUGACAUCCACUUGGCACCCUUUUCUGACGACCAGCUCUACAUGGAACACUACUCCAGAGCCAACUUUUGGUACCAGCAGUGCUUCUAUGGGGUCAACCUGUCCAGUCUCCGGGCUGCUGCAGUGGAUGAAUACUUCAGACAGCCAAUCGUUGACACAUUUGACAUUAGGAUUUUGAUGGCUCGAUCAGUCAAGUACACAGUGAACUUUAUGGAUGCAAAAGAGGCAGAUCUCCACAGAGUAGAAAUCCCCUUUGUGUUUCAAAUGACACAGUCUGGCCUCAUCCACGGCCUGGCGUUCUGGUUUGACGUGGCCUUUGUCGGAUCUCUGGUAACAGUUUGGCUGUCCACAGCCCCAACCGAGCCUCUGACCCACUGGUACCAGGUGCGGUGCCUUCUUCAGACUCCUCUCUUUGCCAAGGAAGGGGAAACCCUCUCAGGGAGAGUGCUGUUCGUAGCCAAUAAACGACAGAGCUAUGACAUUCAGAUUGUGGCACUGGUAAACCAGACGGGCUUCAGAUCUGGGAACAUCCUCGAUUUAAAGAACCCUUUCUUCAGGUUUGCUUAGAAGAUCAAUAAGUAAAAUGAAGGCCUGAGAAGUCCCUCAACAUUCAAGUUCAUGUCUCCUGUUUCAAACAUGCAUUCUGAAUUUUACAAGUAUAUUAGCUUUAUUUAUUUAAAGAUGUUUGUUUGUUUUUUCUAACUCUAAACUGUGCAUCCUAAUUUUUUUGACAAGUCUAUUUCUUGUGGCUUCUUAGACUGGCUCUUUAUCGCUUUUUGCAUGUAGUUGAAAAAUAAUUUUUUAAAAAAUUUUUGGUUUCUGUUUAUUUUUACUUUAGUAAAGCCAUAAGCAUCGCUUCAAGUUCUGACGUAUUUAAAAGACAGUUAACAAAACCCUACCUCAUGUUUAUAUGUAUGCAUAUGUACAACAUGACAUAGACCAUGUUAGAAGGGAUCUUCUAUUUGCAAUUUUAAUCUAUUUUUGCAAAUAUCUGCAACAAACCAAUAGCUAGUUCCUAGUUCAACAGUGUGUUAAAGAUUUUUUGCCUAUUCAUGUAAUGGAAUAAUUCGAUGUCAGGAAUGUUCUUCAUUGGCAAUAUUUGAUGACUCUGUACAUAGUUAAGAAAAUGCAGAUGGAACCUUUGUCAGUCCUCCUAGGUCUACAAUAAAGAGUACAGUGUGACAUACCA